CGCCAUUAAGAACCGCAGCCCGGGCGAUGGAGCCAUGGAACGCCACGCUGUCCCCUACCCUGUCCCCCACCCUGUCCCCAUGGAUCCCCGGCACCCUGAUGUGGGACGGCCAGCUGAUGGUGGCCUGCGCGGCGCUGGGGUUGCCGGCCAACGCCUUCACCCUCUGGCUAACGGGCUGGCGCCUGCGGUGCCGAGGACUGGCCACCUUCAUCUUCAGCCUGGCCACCUCCGACUUCCUCUUCCUGGCCAACUCCCUCUUGCAGAUCUGGUCGGUGGCCCACGGCCACAUAUGGGUGCUGGGCACCCACCUCUGCCGCCUCCACAAGUUUCUCUACGGUUUGGGCUACUACAGCGGGCUCUUCUUACUAGCCACCAUCAGCCUGGACCGCUGCCUCUUGGUGGCCACCCCGCUCUGGUACCGGUGCCGGCGACCGGCCCGUUUACCGGCGGCGUUGUGCCUGGGCUCGUGGCUAGUGGCGGGGGUUUGCAGCUUGCCCGACGCGGCCUUGUCGGCAGCCGAGGAGGUGAUGGCCGGCCUGGAGGUGUGCCGUAGCCGGAGAGGGAGCUGGGAGGUCCCCAUGCGGUGGCUGGAGGUGGUGGUGGAAGGGCUACUGCCCUUCGGGGUGGUGGUGACGUGCCACGGAGCCGCCCUGCUGCUGGCCCGCUGGCGGCGUGGCCACGGUGGCCGCCCGCCGGCCCGUUUCCAGCGCAUCGUGGCGGCCACCCUGAGCGCCUACGUGCUGCUGCAUCUGCCCUUCCAGGUCACCCAGCUGCUGCAGCUGGUUGUCCCCAAGCCCCCCGGCCACCUCCUCUACCUGCUGGGGCUGGCCUUCAACCUGGGCAGCUGCCUCAACCCCUGCCUCUACCUGCUGCUGGGCACCCGCGCCGGCCACCGCCUGGCCCGCCUGCCACCCGCCCUGCUGGCCCGCCUGUCACCCGCCCUCAUGGCCCGCCUGCCACCCGCCGCCCUCGCCCACGUGCCACCCGCCACCGUCAGCCCUGUGCCACCCGCCCCCCCCGCCCACGUGGCGCUCACCACGCUCCCCUCUGUGCCACCCUCUCCUGCCAACCCGGUGCCACCCGCCGCCAUCACCCCUGUCCCUGUGCCACCCACCACCAUUACCCCCGUGUCACCCACUGCCAUCACCCCUGUGCCACCCACUGCCAUCACCCCUGUGCCACCCACCACUGUCACCACUGUCCCACCUUCCACUGUCACCCCUGUGCCACCCACCACAGUCACCCUGGGGCCACCCACUGCCAUCACCCCUGUGCCACCCACCACUGUCACCCCUGUGUCACCCACUGCUGUCACCACUGUGCCAUCUGCUGCCAUCAGCCCUGUGCCACCCACCACCAUUACCCCCAUGUCACCCACUGCCAUCACCCCUGUGCCACCCACCACUGUCACCACUGUUCCACCUUCCACUGUCACCCCUGUGCCACCCACCACGGUCACCCUGGGGCCACCCACUGCCAUCGCCCCUGUGCCAUCUGCCGCCAUCACCCCUGUGCCACCCACCACUGUCACCCCUGUGCCAUCUGCUGCCAUCACCCCUGAGCCACCCACUGCUGUCACCCACCCGUCAUCCGAGGCGCCCGUGGUGUCCCCACCUGCAGGUCCAUGA